AUGCGGCUUGUUGUGUCGAUAACAGUAUUACUACUUCAUCAGUCAGUUUGCUAUAAGAACCAUGUACAUGAAUUACAACAUACACGACUACCUCGCAAUAACCACCCAGUACCCGUGGAGGGGUUGAACAUCACCACUGAACACUGGCGAUGGCAUUUCUUGAACAAGACUCAGAACAAGCGCGACUUUUACAAAGAAGGUGACGUCAUACUUGGCGGCUUGUUCGACCUACACCGCUCUCACGAUGGAAAAUGCCACGUAUUCAACCCGCGUGGUCUGCAAUGGAUGUAUACAAUGGUGUAUACAAUUGAAGAAAUCAACAAAAGGCCGGAUUUCUUGCCAAAUGUUACAUUAGGUUACGACAUCCACGACGCAUGCGCAGAUCCCAAUAUUGCUGUCCAGGAAUCGUUGUUUUUCAUUAACCCUGGUAAACAUACAGAAAACCAGGAGUGUGGCAGUGAGAAUAAGACUUUCCUAGAGAAGCCUAUUACUGUGAUUGGCCCAAGAACAAGCACGGCAUCUAAAUCAGUAGCGUCAUUAUUGGGAUUAUUUAACAUAACACAGAUCAGCUAUGCAUCGACAAGUCAACUGCUGAGCAAUCCCAGAUUCGGAUAUUUCAUGCGCACUGUCCCACCUGAUGGUCAACUGGCAGCUGCGAUGGCAGACUUCAUCAAGUAUUUUGGGUGGCAGACGGUGGCGGCGCUAUAUGGCGAUGAUCCUACUUAUGGAUUAGAUGGAAUAUUAAUAUUUGAGCGGGAGGCAGCAGCAAGGAAUAUAUGCAUUGCUUAUAAAAAUAAAAUUGGAGAUAGGAGUACAAAAGAUGAUAUUUUCAAGAUAUACGACACUUUAAGGGAUUUCACAGAAGUGAAAGUCGUGGUUGUGUUUGCCUUGGAUUCCGUAGUCCUACACUUAUUUGACACAUUAUACCGCGAGAAUUACGAUAUGAUCGGUUACACGUGGAUUGGCUCAGAUGCAUGGUCUGAUCUUCCAGAGUUGCGGCACUCUCCUUAUCUAACCUACGUCAAAGGAAUGAUUGGAUUUUCACCUCAUUCACGUGAUAUCCCUGAUCUCGUGCACUUCCUGCAGUCUUUGAGUCCUUUACAGCGAUAUGAAGAUCCGUUCUUCAUGGAAUUCUGGGAGUAUACGUUUAACUGCACGUUUGCCUGUCAACAAUCAACGCCUAACCUCAAGUGUUGUACUGGCCGCGAGAAAGUUACAUCUGAUAAUGGAUUUCUGACAGAUAGAAGUCGAUUGUCUUCUAUUAGCGAUGCCGUCGAAGCUGUUGCUCACGCCGUCGAAAAUAGCUGUAUGUCACAAUCAAAGCAUUGCUCGGAGUUUAUUAAAAAUGUACGAGGCGAUACAUUUCUUCAACAGCUACAAGAAGUAGAAUUCCAAAGUAUGUCGAGAACAUUCGUGUUUCUCGGAAACGCAACUAACCCACAGGCGUGGUAUGAUAUAAAAAACCUUAAACCGACAUUGUUGAAUGAUUUUGAUUUCGAUGUUAUUGGUAGUUGGAGAAGCUACACCAAUGACCGGAUGUAUAUUAAUCAAAGUAACAUAUACUGGAAUAACAAUCAAUCGGAAAUGUUUAACAAAGAUGUAACCAUUCCAGAGUCUUAUUGUAGUAAGAAUUGUCGCCCAGGAAAAAGGAAAAUUCCUAGGGAAAAUACGCCAUGUUGCUGGGAUUGUUACGACUGUCCGUCCUUUCAGUAUAGUGCUAUGGAGAACGCUCUAACUUGUGAAGCAUGUGGUCCUGAACAAAAUAACUUACCAGAUGGCAGUGGUUGUUUUAAUUUGCCCCGCACAUACAUAACAUCACUACCUGGUGUGUGGAUUAUUCUCGUCAUUUUAGCUGCGUUGGGGAUAAUGUUGUCGUUAGUAUUCGCUGUAGUGUUCAUCCAUUUUAGAAACCGCAAAAUAGUUGUUAGCGCAUGUGCUGGCCACUGUCUAUAUACCAUACUGAUACUAAAUUCAUGUUCGUUUCUGAUGGCAAUGUUACCGUUAUUACCUCCAUCUGAUGUAUUCUGCCAGUGUGUGGCAAUUAUCCAGUUUCUGCCGAUCACAGCUUUACUUUCCCUUCUACUUUUAACUGCUCAUAUAUAUUCAAAUGGAGCGUUUGUGGUUAAACAAUUUAUCAAGAAACUGUUGUUAAUUUUGUUCUUAGUAUUUGGACAAUUACUUGUGAGUUUGGCAUGGAUGGUGACCAACUCGUCGCUCAUGAAAACCACCAUUGCUGAACAGAAAGACAGCAUCCUCGUCGAUUGUCUGGACAUGAAAAAUGAUGAGUUCUCUCCCAUUGCUAUCGCAUUUUCCUACAAUUUUCUUAUAAAUGGACUCGGAAUAAUAGUUUCUUUCAGGACACGCCAUAUUACUGAUAAUUUCAACGAACCAAAAUUUAUCUUUUUCGCAUUUGUUGCUUCUGCCCUUAUAUGGGUUGUGACAGUUGGAACGUUUUUCUCAUUCGCCGCUGGAUAUCAGAUGAGACCAAAAGCACUUUCACUCGGCUUUACAACAAGCAGUUAUGCCGUGUUGAUUUGCGUAUUUGUACCUAAGCUCUAUGUUAUUAAAAACAAACCAGAUAUCAAUCCAGCAUUAUGGAGGAAACGUUCACUCAGAUUAUGCAUGUGCAUCAACAGGGAACGAGAAGAGAGUGUGGAAAUACCACUGAACAUACUAGAGGCACGCAAUGAAAGAAUGGAGGUCAUUAACUACCACAGGGCUGCGCUUGCUUUGACUAUUCGGGAAAACGAUGAGGCCACAAGUACCAUCAAAUUGUAUGAAUAUCGAAUACAGAAAUUAAGACAAAGACUAAUUAUGAAGUCGAAACAGACAUCGUAUGACAUAUCAAAAGAAGAACAUGACAAUGGAACGUUCAAUAUACCACCCGCCUCUAGUCUGCUUACUCCAUUAGUUUACGAACAGUUAUACAGAAAGCACGGUUAUACAGAAAGCACGGCACAGUUCAGCACAGUUGGAGACGUGGCCUAUUCAGAAUUUGUCAAGAACCAAUCACAAGACUAG